AGGAAUGCAGCGCUCAGGUGGGGAGAGAGACGCCGACUCACCGACUCAGCGGCACCGCGCUCACAGUGCGCAGCGCGGCGGACUGGAGCUCUGCAGCCGGGGCCUCUCUGUGCUCUUCACCGGGCUGUUCUGCCGCUUUGUGCGCACAUUGGACCUGUCUGGACUGAGAGAAGGGUCGAAACGAGAAGAGCCAACUGCUGGAUCUACCUUGACACAGGCGUGUUUUAUCCGCGCAGGACUGGGCGCAAGUGAAAUCACCUGCCAGGAGGCGACAGUUAGACUGUGACACAGCUCAGGCACAGAAUUUACUGCUUUCUCUCUGGAAUAAUGUGCAGCUGUGUGAAUCACAGCUAGUGGUUUUUAAGGUAAAGAAGACACAGGAAAGAGGAGGCUUCACUGUUUUCUCCAGCAGAAGAUGCGUCUUUUCGCACUUUGCGCGUCCCGAAAGACAAAAGUGAUGCGACGUGUUUUGGGAACUGAGUAACAAACAGCUGUUUGGAUGGACGAGCUCUGCAGCUGAAAGUGGAGAACCAAAAGUUCCUUCAAAGUUUCCUUUAAAAAAGAAGAAGAGGAGGAAGGAGAGAGGACAGAGGAGGAUAUGGAUGGUGUCGCCCCCGAAGUCCAGCCUGCAGCUGGGAUGCGCUGUGCAUCUGAGCCGCGACGUUUCACGCCAUGAUACGAGCACAAAGCUGCACCUGACAACGAAUGUAACACACCUGAAGCUAAAUCCACAAGGAUCUACUAUGUCCUCACUACGGACGAGGAAGCUGACUCUGUGCCAGGCCCUGACCUUCGUCCUGCUGCUGGUCGCCCCCGUCUGCCUGUCGUCCCCACAGAGCUCGUGGAUUUCUGCGUGGGGUCCUUCCGGCGAAUCCUCAUCAGGGCGUCCGGCGCGUGCCCGGCGGCAGCUGCACUUCAGGAACGAGUGGGCGACGUGGAGCGGCUGGUCUGUCUGCUCACGUAGCUGUGGGAGCGGAGCCUCAGUGAGGACACGCACCUGCAUCACCAGGAACCCCGUGGGCGGACCAUGUGCAGGAGAUCCAAGAGAAUACAAGAUCUGCAACACCAAGGAGUGCCCCCCCAACUCGGAGGAUUUCAGAGAGAUGCAGUGUGCUGCGUUCAAUGACAGGCCGUUAGUGGCUGGAAACUCCUUCAGAUGGACCACCUUUCACGGAGGCUCUAACCCCUGUGAACUGAGCUGCCUGGCCUUGGGUCACAACUUCUACUACAACUUUGGCCGUGUGCUGGAUGGCACCGCCUGUGACAAGGAGCCCGGAGCGGUGUGUGUCAACGGACGCUGCCUGAAGCCCGGCUGUGACUCCAUCCUCGGGUCAAAGCAGCAGGAGGACGCCUGUAUGGUGUGCGGAGGGCAAAACACCACAUGUCUGCACCACAAGAGUGUGUACCAGAGCAACGGUCUGGAGGCAGCCGGACCUUUUGGAUACAACGAAGUGGCCAUGAUCCCGGCCGGAGCCACUCACAUCCGAGUCACCGAUAACAGCAGGAAUUAUCUAGCCCUCCAGAACGGUCGCUCCCAGUUUGUGAUCAACGGCAACUGGAAGAUCAGCAUUCCAGGCGAGUACAACGUGGCCGGGACGAAGCUGCUGUACCGGCGCUCCGCAGACACCUGGGAGAGCUUCGAGGUACCAGGACCCACCCGGGAAGACCUCCAUUUGAUGGUCCUGGCGACAGACAGAAACCCAGGGAUUGAGUACGAGUACUGGUUGCCACCAGACCAGUAUGCCCUCUACCAUGGCAGGAGGAGUCCACUGCGUCAAGCUCACCACACUGCCAACUACCUCCCCUGGGAUCAACCCACCGCUGCAACCAUCACCACCACAACCACCACCACCACCACCCGGGCUCCUCCUGUCACCACCCGACCCCACUGGUUUUUAAGGCCCGUGAAGCCGCCGCGCCAAUCUGCCCACCACAACAGCCACCAGCGCCCUCACCAGCCCAUCCUGCCCCGCCUGGAGCGGGAGGAGAACCACAGCAACCUCCUGCCUCAGCCCUCACCUGGAAGGCAUUGUGGGAAGUGUCAGCGGGUUAAAGGUCGACGGGAACGGCAGAGACAAUAUUGCCUGAAGGACUUUGUUUUCCGGGGCAGAGUCCUCGGGAAGCUGUACAGAGGCGAGGAGACGCGCUACGACGUCCAGAUCAUCCACACCUACCGGAACAGCUUCCGCCUGGAGCACCGGGAGUUCUUGUGGGUCCCCAAUGUGUGUGACUGCCCCCACCUGGAGGAGGGGAAACAGUAUAUACUGAUGGUGCGCCGCCACAUUAACUACGAGCACACGCUGAACCGCAUCCUGCUGGAGGAGGACAGCUACGUGGUCCCGUACAGACCCAGAGAGGACGAACUGCUGCGACCACUCGAAAGACUCUGCAGCAACAGAGGAGCCAAGCAGCCGGCGGAGCCGAGGGGGUGAGUGCGUCAGGGAACGAAGCUCAUACCGAAGCUUUGUUCACGACCAGUGGUUCAUUUCUGGACUUUCAAAACAUCCUCAGACUCGCGUGUGAUCCAUGUGAUGGUCUGUUGAAUCCCAGAGCGGCGUCACUGCAGAAAAAUGACAGCUGGAUCGUCGACAGACAGUUUCAGCUGUCUCUUUUCAAACUCUCCUAAAAGACUCCACGUUUAUUUAAAAGCCUGACCAGCUUACUGUACCGUAUAGAGCACUUUAGGUGGAUGCUUGUGCCCACCUUUAAACGCAUACCAAAGAGAAGAACAUUGACUGAAAUGGCCUUUUUGUUAUUGCUGUUUUUCCACAGCUAUCAUUUAAUUUUUUUAUAUAAUUGUACUUUUUGUGUGUGUGAAAACUUAAAGGAAAAAUUCACCUCAAAACAGCUUCUUAAACUUACCAAACACCGCUUUGACCUGCGUAUUUCUAAAGGAUACGGCGUGCCAACUCAUUGGAUGCUACAACUCAUCCAGAUGUCUCCACCAGCUCGGUAGAUUUAGGAUUUAAUAAAGCAGCAAACGUUUCACUGAUCCAGAAUAUCAACAGUAACCCCUUAAUAAAUUGUGUAAUAUCUGUGACCUGCAGAAACUAGACCAGAAUGUGAUGAAGACUCUAACAGAAAACUGUUACAGAUUCUUACUCUGCUAUCACAGCUCACUAAAGGCACGUUGUGACAUUUAGAGGUGGAUUUUUCUUUUAGUUUCAACUCAACAUAUAGCAACAACAUAUUGCUUCACAAUGUAUUUAUGUAUAGAAAAUAACACACUUGUCACUUGGCCUUCACAGUGUCUGUGUUGCUCCUUUGUGGUAUUCAUUUUUUAUAGUGUGUUAAAUCAGGUCUGCUUUGUGAUGCUUUACGUGAAAGAGAUUAUGAAAUAUACAGUAUUUUAUUGUGUGGCACUGAUUAGCUACAAAUAUUCUAAAGUAUAAUUUGACUUUAAUUGUUGUGAGAGUCUGUUGAAUAGUCAGUUCACGUCCGUGCUUUGUGUUUAAUGCAUUUGAAAUUAUAUCAUCUUGUGUCAAACCUCAUCCACGUGUGCCAAAAGGAUUUCUGUGUACAUAGAGAGUAUGAAUGGUAAUCACGACCAUCUUCUUAAUGUAAAGUUAUUGUAGACGUUCACAGGAAACAAGCAGUGCCGUUGAAUUUGACAUUAAAGCUGAUUACACUUUU